AUGCUCGCUGGACGUCUGCGCUCUACACUGCCAACACUAACAACAGCGAGCACCACCGUUGAACCCCUACCUGCAGGCACCCGUUCAUUACCUGUUGCAGCCUCUAAGCUUCUCCGCAUAACUAGAGAAUCUGUGCUCAGAACACCAGGACUAAUAUGGCAAGAUGAGGAGCCCGACCGCAACAUCGUCGGCGGCUGCGAGACUUGCAAGAUGAAUCUCUAUCAAGCUGUGCGGGAUGCGCUCAGGCAACCCAGUUUUCUUCUGCGCGGAACGCAUGCUGACCACAUCAGUAUUGCACUUGCAAAGGAUGAUACCAUAGUCGUAUUUGGUGAGGACAUAGCGUUUGGCGGGGUGUUCAAGUGUACGAUGGGUCUUGGAGAAGAAUCUGGUCGCGAACGCGUCUUCAAUACCACACUGACAGAGCAAGGCAUUGCAGGCUUCGGAAUCGUCCUUGCGUCCAUAGGACAUACAACUAUUGCAGAGAUCCAGUUCGCUGACUAUAUAUUCCCCGCAUUUGACCAGCUCGUGAACGAAGCCGUUAAGUUUCGCUACCACUCAGGUUACGGAGGUUUCGCUAUUGGCAGGCUAACCGUGCGCACCCCGACCAUGGCCGUGGGCCAUGUCACUCGUAGAGUCCAGAAGGGUACUUUAUGGGCGGAAAUUGUCAUCCCCUGCUCCCCAAUCCAAUGCAAAGGCUUCCUCCUCUCAGCCAUCCGCGACCGCGACCUAGUCGUAUUCAUGGACCCCGAGAUCCUUUAUCGUUCCGCAGUCGAACAGGUCCCAAUCGAUGACUACACCCUCCCCCUGUCCCGCGCCGAAACCCUCAUCCCCAGAUCAGACAUGACACCUCUCACAUGGGGCACCCCCGUCUACCACUGCGAAGCCGCACUCCAUCUCCUCAAAAGCCCAUCACCCACCCUCGCCCCACUCGUCCCAGCCUCCCUACGCAAUGCAAAAGUCGAACUGAUCGAUCUGCAGACGAUAUUACCGUGGGAUGUAGAAACCGUCGUACAAAGUGUGCGUAGGACAAAGAGGCUCGUGAUCGUGCAUGAGGCGGGGAUGACGGGUGGUGUUGGGGGUGAGAUUGCUGCUGAGAUUGGGAAGAGGGCGCUUUUGAGGUUGGAGGCGCCUGUGAGGAGAUUUACUGGGUGGGAGUGA